AUGACCCUCCACCUCACCGACCGCCUCCCCCUCACCAACAGCCCCGCGCGCAUCCCGCGCCUCGGCUUCGGCGUCUACCGCUCCCCAGCCGACCAGUGUACCCAGUCCUGCCUUGAGGCAUUGGCCGCUGGCUACCGCCACAUCGACACAGCCCAGUUCUAUGGCAACGAGAGCGAGGUAGGCAACGCCCUGCGCGCCUCCGGUGUGCCCCGCGAUCAGGUCUUCGUCACAACCAAGAUCCUCAGCCCCGCUGGCUCCGUCGACGCCAAUUACGACAAGCUGCGCGCCAGUGUCGACAAAAUUGCCGGUCCGGACGGUUAUGUCGAUUUGUUCCUCAUCCAUAGUUCCAAGUCCGGGCCGUCAGGCCGCAAGCAGAUGUGGCAGGCGCUGGAGCGGCUGUUCGAGGAGGGCCGCACGAAGAGCAUCGGCGUGAGCAACUACGGCGUGCAGCAUAUUGAGGAGAUGAAGGCGUAUGCCAAGGUGUGGCCGCCGCAGGUGAAUCAAAUUGAGCUCCACCCAUGGUGCCAGCAACGGACCAUCGACGCAUACUGCAAGCAGCACGGCAUCGUGGUCGAGGCCUACUCGCCCAUCGUGCGCAACUACAAAGCCAACGAUCCGACACUGGUCGAGGUGGCCCAGAAGUACAACCGAUCCACGCAGCAGGUAUUGAUCCGCUACGCGCUCCAGAAGGGGUGGGUCCCGCUACCCAAGACCGACAACCCGGGGCGGAUCGUUUCCAAUGCAGACGUCUUCGGCUUCAAUCUCGAUGCCCAAGAUAUGGACACGUUGGACGCGCUCGACCAAGGAGAUGCCGGGGCGAUCGUGGAAGCGGUGGCCAAUGAAUAA